AUGGCACCGACUUCAAGAUUCAAGCCUGGAACUCCUCGAUUUAUCGCCAUCACCUCCAUCUUCUUUGUGCUCACCCUAGGCAUCCACUUCCACCUAUUUUCUAAAAAUGACACCGAUAACAGCAGGCCCAAUCUACCAGUCACCACAGAGCCGCCAGGCAUUGGGUUAGACUUGACCGGAUUCUACGGCCCACCAUAUGUCGAGAUCCCAGGCAAGUUUCUGGAUCUUCCUCGCGAGACACUUCGCUCGAUUCGCAAAUCAAUUGGACUCCCAGCUUCAAGUGACGUCGGAGCACUGGUUGCUAUGAUUCAGCAGCUCCAAGUCCAAGCAGAAGAUGUGCUCGGGGUGCCUCUCGCGACGGUUUCUUUCGUCCUCUCUACCCCUCAUCUACCUGCUCUGUACGGGGAAGAUAUCCAGGAUGCAUUUGAAUACCUCGGUCUCCCGUUUCCUAAAACAGGCUGGCGAGGCUCAUGGGCAUGGGUGAGGGACACUGGGGCAGCAUUGGCCGGCUAUGGCCGCUUUCUCUGCUCUGAUUAUCGGAAUUACCAGGCGUGUAAAUCAGAGAUUGAUCAGAUGCCCAUCGCCGAGGUCCUCUCCAUCUUGUACACAGAGAAGGGACUUAAGAUCCUCCAGACCGGCGUCAAGUCCGCUCACGCCGUGGCAGGCUCCUGGGACGACGAGGACCGUUGGACCUUGGGCUACGCCUCACGGAAUGAGGAGGGCUAUUGGGACCGGGUCGCCGUCAGACUAAUGGACUGGAAACGAAACUGGCCUGGCUCUCUAACCCCUGACCUGGUCUUGCUUUUUGGUGAGAGCGCGGCACAUGAAACCUUCCGCUCUGUUCUCGAGAAUGUCUUUAUCGAGGAAUUUGGUAGUGUCCCGGAAAUUCUAGGAGGGAGCGACGAGUAUGUUGUGGCCCGGGGGUCUGCAGAGUUUGCCAGAGUGUCAUUCUUUGGAGUACAUCAGUGA